CCGCGCUGCAGCCUGGGACGGCCGCGCCUGCUUCCGCCGCAGUCUGUGCGACUCCUCCCGCUCUGCCGGCCAUCACGCGGGCUGACGGCCAUGGAUGUCAACCAGCCCAAGCAGGAGCAUUUGCUGGCUCUGAAAGGUCCUGUUUUCCACUGAUCUUUGCAUCGUGGGGCAAGGAAAUUCUUGUAAAUAAGAUGUUUCAGUCUAGAUAUGAGAAUCCUUAUCAAGAGACUGUUUUCCUAAGAAUCACUGGAUUCCUACUGUUCAAGCAUGGAAGUGGUCUUGCACUAUCGACCACAUCAGAGAAAUCUAAUAAAAUUGCAGAAAUUUGCAGAAGCAGCAGUGAAGGAAUUUCCCAUUCGCCAGUUACCAAGAUUUGCACCCUGGUUUCCAAAUGAUUUACACAGAGUUCCCCUCAAACCAAAAAAGCAGGCGCCUGUUAUUUCUUGUGAAGAAGUGGAAGAAUUGAAACAGCUUUCUACACCUUCAGAACAUGUCAUAGGAUCUCCUGAUUAUGACUGCACAAAAAAUCUCCUUGAGUUUAACUCUAGCAUGAAGCAUGGUCCGACUUUAAUCCAAGCACAGGCUGUUCGCAGACCAAUUAACUUGGACUAUCAAGGAGAACCACCACCUAAUGGGAAACAAAAACUGAAAAGGUCUUGGAGUGUCUCUCUCCCUAGUGCUAAACUCAAAGAAAAGAUUCAUCCUUUAUCUCAAGAACUGCAGAAUAAUUUGGAAAGACUAAAGCUGCAUGCAUUUUGUAGAGCAAAGUGGACAAUUGAACAGUCUGUUUGUAAAAACCAGAAUUUGGAGGACAUAUGGAUAAAAUUGAAUAGACUCAUUAAGCAGAAUGAAUUGCCAUCUUGCAAUGCUACUAUCCAAAGAUCUGUGGGACAGAUAUGGAUUUUCUGUGAUAUAUUAUACUGUGAAUAUGUUAGAAAUAUUCUUAGGGAAAAGCUAAGCCUUACAGAUAAAAUGAAUUUGCUUGUACAUAAAUAUGGAAUUAUAUUUCGUUUAUAACUUAAGAUACAGUUUAAUAAUAAAAUUUCUGCAAGGAAUACUAGAGUUUUAAAGCAGUUUAGAAUAUAGAGACCUUAGAACAACUGAUAAAUUAAUGGUAAGAAAACUGCUUAGAUUACUUUGCUAGAGUUUUCUAACUAUGGUAUAUUUCUUUAACUUUGUUUUGCCUCAAUACAUAGUUCUGUUAAGAUUAGUAAGUUUCUCUUUGGCUUAGUACUGCAUUUUAUAGCUUUUCUCUACUUCGGUGGUCUAAAGGAAAAAAUUAAAGUAAAAAUUACAGACUAUUGUGGCAAGCUAUGUCAGAUAAUAAAAUUAAUGCUUUCAGUUAAGCAAAGUACAUCCUCUGCUUCAUUGGAAUUAGGAGAAGGAAAGAUGUUUUUAAAUGAGUUGUAGUAAUUGCUACGAUAGCUGUAACUGACACUAAGAUUUUCAAGAUCUGAUUAUUUCCUGAAGGUAAUCUGUGAGUUUUUUUUAAUGAAGGCAUAUCCCUCCCAUGAAGUACAGACUUACUUUAUGUGGGAUAUGUACACUGUCUUAGUAAUGCUAGCUAUAUUUUCACAGAAACAUAGAUAGUUUUAGUGGAAGCUGUGGGCUGAAAAAUAAUGAUCAACUUAAUUGCUGUUUUAUGCCUUUGAUAAUUAUUUUUUACCUGAUGUUUCUGUUAUUUUGUCUCUAAUUAUAUUUGGGAACAAGAAAACACUAGCUUCCAGCUAAAAGUGAGGAAAUUAAGAAAUGAUAUUUCUAUCUGGAACUUCUUGUUUGCUGUCUUUGAGAAUUUGAAUGCCUUUUAUGGUCAUAAAAGGCUGAGUUCAGCAUGACAUUUUGUCUUCUGAAAGAAUGAAGUAUUCCAAGGUCAUGCUGUUCCUGCUCAGUUGAGACUUUGGAGGGUCAGUAGAGAAGUUAAACUGGGAUCAAUAUGGCUGCAAGGUUUUGCAUUUGCACUGCUUCUAAUUCUAGAUAGUUUUGCUGUAGCUGGAGGUCAAGGUCUGUAGCAUCUGGAAAAGGGGGAAAACAAGUGUUUAACGUUUAUAGGUUGUUAGAUUGUCAUUAAUGCCGCUCACACCAGUGUACAUAAGCAUAAGAGAGAUCUCUCUGUAAAAAGGAAGUAAAUUCCCCUUAGACUUGCAUUUUUAUGGUAUCCUUGUCUUGAAUAAUUAUAUUUUAUUAUAGGUAUUACUUUUUUUUUUUUUUAGAUUAAAAUUGCUCCAUUUGAGUAAUUGAUAUGUAUUUUUAAACUUUGACUGAAUUUUAAGACAUUUGUAGAUGUCUUAUAUUGAUGUUUGGGGUGUUUGUAUAAUAUGACCACCUAUCAAAAUUGAUGCAAAAUGCUGUCUAGACUGUGUUGUAACUGCAUAUAGGUGAGGGUUAUUAUUAGUUUUAAAGCUUAUAUAGCUACAUUUUUUGCUGACAUAUUUCUGCGCUUAACAUUAACAGUAGCAACAUUUCUUUGUGCAUCAGCAUUUUUGAAGAUAAAAUGAAGUAAAAUGCAGUGUGGUUUGAGUUCUAUUUAAUGUGUUUCGUGUCUAGGAUCUUAGAAGAGAUUGUAUAUUUAAUAACAGUAAUUUAAUAGUCCUAAUAAAUGAUAA